GAAACAGCCAAGCAGGUUGGACCAGCUGACCUGGACCUGGCCAGCAGCCGUGUCCUCCAUCGCAGUCACCCCGCCAUCCUGGCUGACCAAGACAAUGUUUCCCUUCAAGGUGAGCAAAUGGAUGGAACUUGCCUGCUUCCACUCACUGGUGGUCCCCUCAUCCAACAUUCGCCAGGAGAAACUAAUCCACAAGCUGCAGGAAGACAAGGUGUUUCGGGAAGAGAGGAGACACUUCCGUGAGAAGAUAGAAGGCUUCAGGGAAGAGAUGUGGAAUUUCCGUGGCAAGAUCUGCACUUUCAGGGGCCAGAUCUUGGGCAUUUGGGAAGAGGAGAGACCUUUCUGGGAAGAGGAGAAAACCUUCUGGAAAGAGGAAAAAGCCUUCUGGGAAAUGGAAAAAUCUUUCUGGGAAGAAGAGAAAGCCUUUUGGAAAAAGUACCGAAUCUUCUGGAAGGAAGAUAAGGCCUUCUGGAAAGAGGACAAUGCCUUGUGGGAAAGAGACCGGAACCUCCUUCAGGAGGACAAGGCCCUGUGGGCGGAAGAAAAGGCCCUGUGGGAGGAGGAAAGAGCCCUUCUGGAGGAGGAGAAGGCCCUGUGGGAGGAUAAAAAGGCCCUCUGGGAGGAGGAGAAGGCCCUCUGGGAGGAGGAGAAGGCCUUCUGGGUGGAAGGGGGCGCUCAGGUUGCGGAGGAGCAGAGGCUGGCAGGGGGGCACCGCAACGCCAGUGGGGGGCCCCGGUCGGCAGCCUCCUGCCGGGGCAGGGCGUGAGCACAGGAGACGAAGGGCUGGGGGGUCCUCACCGAUGGACUGGGACUCGAGUCCGGGGUGACCCCAUGUGCUGAAGAAAACACGCUCUUAUUUGUCUCCUGGCUUCAAAAGAUCUAAUAAAGUUCUGAGGAGAGGU